GAAAGUGUGCAAGAGAGAGAGAGAGCGAGAGAGAGAGCGAGGAAGGCGGUGACAGAAGUGGCCUCCUUGACGUGAUGGUAUUCCUUAGCCGAUGGUAUCUGCUAAAAACAGGGCUCGCGGAAAAACAGGUACAACGGUGUGAACGUCAGCGCGUGGUCUCCUCCAUCAUCACAAUCUUUUGGAGCGAAGCGUAAACACUCAAUCGUUGGAGAUUGUGGAAAUUAAGGAAAAGAAUUCCAUGGGUUCGCAGAGUAGUGGUGCGUGAGCUGGCGAUAUUUAUCGCGUUUAAAACCAAAAACUAAACAUCAGGCGUCACGGAAAAUUACGGAAGCUCGCACCAAUCUGUGUAGAAGACUUGAGGGUAGACAUCGGUGGGGAAAUAGGCCUUCUGACAUGGCUGACAACGAAGAAGGUUCUGGGCUCCAAAAAUCUCCAAAUGAUCCCGAUUCAAAGGAUUUAAAUGAGAGUAAAGCGGAUAAACAGAAUGUAAAUUCAAGCAAAUCUCCAUCAUCCCAAACAACUUAUAUUCAACAGGGAAUGGAGGGAAUAAAAGUUUACUUACACGAACGUGAGCUGUGGAUGAAAUUCCAUGAAGUAGGAACGGAAAUGAUCAUCACCAAAGCAGGGAGGCGAAUGUUUCCGAGCUUCAAAGUGAAGGUCACUGGACUGAACCCCAAAACGAAAUACAUUCUUCUGAUGGAUGUCGUGCCAGCGGACGACCACCGCUAUAAAUUCGCCGAUAAUAAAUGGUCAGUGACAGGAAAGGCAGAACCCGCAAUGCCCGGCAGGCUCUACGUGCAUCCCGACUCUCCAGCCACAGGCGCGCAUUGGAUGCGACAACUCGUCUCAUUCCAGAAACUUAAACUCACCAACAACCAUCUCGAUCCUUUUGGACAUAUAAUUUUGAACUCCAUGCAUAAAUACCAACCGAGGAUCCACAUUGUAAAGGCGGAUGAAAACAACGGAUUCGGCUCCAAAAACACCGCCUUCUGCACUCAUGUUUUCCCCGAAACAUCGUUCAUUGCGGUCACGUCUUACCAGAACCACAAGAUUACUCAGCUAAAGAUUGAGAACAAUCCAUUUGCAAAGGGCUUUCGUGGCAGCGAUGAUAUGGAACUACACCGCAUGUCGAGAAUGCAGAGCACUAAGGAGUAUCCAGUGGUACCUCGAAGCACAGUACGUCAACGAGUGGGUGCCAGUCAAAGUCCUUUUAGCGGCGACAUUCAGGGGAUGCCUACGCCCAGCAGCAUGAGCUCUCAGUACGCUUGUGAGAAUGGAGUUACCAGCACAUCCCAAGAUCUCCUGCCUCAGUCCAGCUCCUACCCAUUACCACAUGAGCACAGCCAAGACUAUCACUGCAUCAAGAGAAAAGUUGAGGAUGAUUGUCACACAGAUCACUCCUACAAGAAGGCCUACAUGGAGAGCUCAUCUAGCGAAGAUGACCAUUACUACAGGCCCGUCAGCUAUUCCCAAACGCUGGGUCUUUCCACUGCUGCUUAUCGGACCGAGUCUGGACAGCGGCAGGCGUGCAUGUACGCCAGUGUUUCACAAGCCAGCGAGGCUGUUCCGAGCUUGGAAGACAUCAGUUGCAACACAUGGGCCGGCGUCUCUCCUUAUAGCAGUUGUUCCAUGCAACCUAUGGAGCGGUUGCCCUACCAGCACUUCUCUGCCCACUUCACCUCCAGCCCUCUAGUGUCCAGGUUGAGUGGAGUGGCCGGCCAUGCUUCACCGCAACUGGGUGACGCCCACGCUAUGUACCAGGGCUCUAUGCCCCACCAGACUCUCGGCCGUCAGUGUAGCCCUGGAGCAGGAAUUCAGUCACCCGGUGCUAGCCUGCAGGGGAAUGAGUACUUGUACACUCAUGGUAUUCCUCGUACCCUAUCGCCCCACCAGUAUCAUGCUGUCCACAGUGUAAGCAUCAUGCCUGAAUGGAAUGAGGGCAGCUAACUGGAUUCUCUUGAACUACAUAAAAUGUUGGAGUUGCACACACAAUGGCAUAGGUGUAUAUUUAUAUAUCAAAGCUCUUCACCAUACCGGCAGUCAUGGGAUUUUGUCAUCGAUGUUGGACACAGAUGUUGUAACCGACUGGUUGGAUAGAUGAUGAAUUGGUUCAAAAAUCAAUGAAUGUCUCAGUCGUCCAGUGUGAAUGUUGUAGUAAAAGGCAGGAAAACAGACUUUUUUUUGCAUAGUAUAGGAUUUUUUUUAACCAUGUUCUGUAAAUUGUAUAUUAUAUUCUGUAAAUCAGAGCUGAAUAUAUGCCAAGUAAGUAUGGUUCAUUUUUAAUCAGAGGACGCACUUGGGGCUAACCCUAUUAUAUAUACUUUUUAAAAACAAAACAGAAAAAGAAAAAUCCAUUUCCAUAUUAUUUUUCCUUUUGAUGUUUGUAUUAUGCUUUGUUUUUGUAUUCGGAAAUCCAAGAGCAUUCCUAAAGAUGUACUGUAGUGUUUGGUCCACAUUCCACCAGGUCCACCAUUUCAAAAAGCAUUUGAGACUUUUGACAUUUAACAUUAGAUUUAGGUUAAAUUUACAAAUUCUGUUUGGACUACAGAUAUUUAUUGGGUGCAGAUAAAUGUAUUAAGUAUUUUUUUUUACACAUUAAAGGUUAAAGUACAAAUUUAAAGUAUGUAUAAAUCAAGUACUAUGUUCAAACAGGUUCUGCAAAAAAAAAAAAAUUAACAGCAAAGGCACAUCUUCUAGGCACAGAGAUAAGUUAUGUACCACACACCACACCCUGUGAUUUCCAUUUAAUGGAUAAGUUAAUUACUUUUUGAUAGCACUGUUUUAGCUAAUGCUAGUGGUCCUAGACAAAUUGGUCUUUUGUUGUUGUUUUUUAUAAAGUUGUAACCUAGGUUACAUGAGAGUGCAGAAAUAAUUUUUGGAGAAGUAUAAAGGCACAAAUCCUUUUCAAAUGCUGUACUGUUUAAUAUUUAGAGCUAUAUGCACCCAAAAGCAAAAAAUGAUCCAAAUGUCAAAAUUAAAAUUGAAUGAAAAAUGAAGAAUGAAAAACUCAACUCUUAGUUAUAAGUAAAUGUCCAUUGGAAAUAAUGGUGUACAGUCAUUCAAUUUCUUUCUGUUAAUAGUAUUUAUUUUUCCUCAUUACAAAGCCUAUCAGUGUUUUAUUUGCAAUAUUUGUUUGUCUUUUCUAGUAUGUAAGUUUAACUUAGACUUUUCUCUAACAAACUGGUUUAGAAACUCUGACACCUGUUCCUAGGUGCAAAGGACAAUUUUAAGAAACGGUAUAAAAAUGAAUUUGUAAAUAAAAAUACAAAUGUAUAUAGACAACAGAAUGGAAAUAAA